UCUCAUGCCUCUCAACCCGAAUCAACAUCACCCACGACACUGAACUCCCUCUCUACCACUGAUCAACAUCUAUCCGUUCGAACUGAAUCUCUUCCGGACCGAGAAAGACUGCAGGUUUCUGCGACUCAUUGGCCGUCUCUCACGGCCGGCGGCACGUUGUCCACUCACCUCGUUAUUAUGCGGUGGCACUGAGGUUCAGCUCACCAUCGACCAUGUUCCGCCUCACGACAGCCUCCGCCCGCCACGGGAGGGCACUCCUGACCGGCUUCCCGCCACCGGCCGUCCAGGCUGCAGCACCCGCCAUGGCGAUUAGGAGGACGCUUAAGGGUAAAACUCUCCGCCCCAGUCCUGGGUCCAACAAGAAGUCGGGGCCGUCCAUGUCCAUGAAGGACAGGCCGAUGCUCGGCACACCACGCCCUCUGUCCCACUUCCAAAACGCCGUCAAAUCGUUGCGCUCGAUGCACGUCACGGGGCAACAGGCUCACGAUAUCUACAUGAAAUACUUCGCCGCGGCGUCCGUUAAGGAAAAACCCGCCGACUGGCGGCAGACGUUCGUCAAAGUCAACAACAUCUCGGCCCCCAAGCUCUACGAGACGGCCAUGGCACUCAUGUCAUCCCCCAACAGCAGCGAUGCCGAUUUCGACGGGUUCUGCCACAUGCUGGACACCGCCGCCGGCAUGGGCGACGACGCCGCCGCCCUCACCCUCGGCCGCAUGCUCCACAACCGGGAUGAGAAAUCGUACCUGCACUGGGACCAGAUGGCGUGGCGCAACACGCGCAAGCGCUGCCAGGCGCUCAUCGAGGCGGGCCGCGACCCCAACGCCCUCGUUCUCAAGGGGCUGGUCUACCUGAGCCGCUGGACCUCCGAGGACAACCGCACCGCCCUCGAGGCUUUUAUCCAGGCCGAAGAGAUCGGCAAGGGCAUCGACUCGUUUGAAUGGUACUCGUCGUGCCUCCGGGGCCAGAGCGAGGUUUACAUACGCAGUGGGAAAAAGACCGAGGCCGCGGAGGUGCUCACGCGGCUCGGAGAGAUGGGUUAUGCCGAGGGGUUCUGGGGCUUGGCUAAAUUGUUCCCCGAAGAUGAAUCCACAAUGUACAGGCUGCAAAAGGCCGCCUCGUCGGGGCUCAUGCCGGCGCACCAGGCGUUGGUCAACGAGCACGAGAGGCUCCGCAAGCUUUGCAGUGCCCAAGGCAGAGAGGAAGAGGCGCGGCGGCACGAACGAGACGCGGCCGAGUGGACUUUAAUCAUGAAGGCGGAGACGACGCGGGACAGGGAAUCCAAGUUGACCGCCGCAUCGGACUCGUAAUCUUGUAAAAGAAGAAAUGUACUACUAGUUACCAUCCGGUUUCGCGAGCGCCGUCCGCCCGAAGUCAAUGACAUGGAACUGGAUGAUCAGAUUCUUGGAGGGGCGACCGUCACAGGGCUGUUCGACUUGCAAGCGCAAGCGUCGAGACGUUAGAACGCUGGAGUGAAUGGAGAGGCGAAUGGCCCCUUUACCCCGUUCGAGUUCUUUUCUCAGGCGAGUGCGAUGCUUGGCUCGAUUCUGUCAUCCUUCAAUAUAAAUGCAUGGGCCGGGACGAUGUUGAAAGGCAACCGUCGCAGGCCCCGCGAGUCUUGAUCGCGAGGCCGGCAGCGGACGGUGUGAACUGCUCUGGUGUCUUGGCCGCCGGUCAGCUUUUAC